UCUUCACAACAGACCUCUAAGUCUUCGGGUGAAACUACCUAUACAGUCACAUUAAAGAUGACGGCGAAGUGGCCAGAGGUGUGAGAGCCGGAGUCUGUUCCCUUUAAAUGACGCCGAGGGGCGGCGUGGCCUCUCCCCGCACCGUGAGGAAGCGUGGAUCCGGGAGGAGACUGUGAGGAUGAUGGAGGGCAGGACCGGGAGAGCGGCGCCGAGCCGUGCGGUCUAGCGAGGCGCUGAUUCACCUUCACGGGAGUUUAUAGACAUUAAAGAGUUCGUCUGCGGGCCGGACAGGGGAGCCUCUGCGACAGGCGGGCGGUGAGCUGAUUCUGGAAGGGCGGAACCAUGGUGCUGGGCUGAAGGCCGAACGCGUGCCUGCGGCCGCCCCCUGCUGGACAUGAAGCUGAAGCAGCGCGUGGCCGUGCUCUGCGGCGUCCUCCUGCUGCUCGGCCUCGCCAAGGUCUUCCUGCUGGACGGCGGUGAGGGCUCUGCCUCCGGCCGCCGCGACCUGCGCGCCUUCCGCAAGAUGGAGGCAGGGCUGCAACUGGACCGGGGUGCGCGCCUCACCCACACCCUGCAGUCGCCCUGGGAGGUGGCCGCCCAGUGGGUAGGGCCCCGCGAAGUCUACCCCGACGACACCCCCGAGAUGGCGGCGGUGCUGAGCGCCAUGGCGACGGCCCGCGUGGAGAGGGCCGACGUGGGCUACAAGGGCACUCAACUGAAGGCGCUGCUGGUGCUGGAAGGGGGACAGAAGGUGGUCUUCAAGCCGAAAAGGUAUGGUCGCGACUACGUGGUGGAGGGGGAGCCCUAUGCCGGCUACGACAGGCACAACGCUGAGGUGGCCGCCUUUCACCUGGACAGAAUCCUCGGUUUCCGUAGGGCUCCCCUAGUGGUGGGGAGGUUUGUGAACCUGCGCACAGAGAUCAAACCUGUGGCCACAGACCAGCUGCUGAGCACCUUCCUCAUGCAGGGAAACAACACCUGCUUCUACGGGAAGUGCUACUACUGCCGGGAGAGUGAGCCAGCCUGUGCCGUGGGUGACAUCAUGGAGGGAUCCGUCACGCUCUGGCUGCCGGACGUGUGGCCCCUGCAGAAGCACCGACACCCCUGGGGCCGCACCUACCGCGAGGGAAAGCUGGCCAGGUGGGAGUAUGAUGAGAGCUACUGCGAGGCUGUGAAGAAGAUGCCCCCCUAUGAUGCGGGUCCGCGGCUGCUCGAUGUUAUCGAUACCUCCGUCUUCGACUACCUGAUCGGGAACGCUGAUCGGCAUCAUUACGAGAGUUUCCAGGACGACGGCGGUGCCAGCAUGCUCAUCCUGCUGGACAAUGCCAAGAGUUUUGGGAACCCCACCCUGGAUGAGCGGAGCAUUCUGGCACCCUUGUACCAAUGUUGCAUGAUCCGCGUGUCCACCUGGAACCGCCUGAACCUGCUGCGGAGCCGUGGCCUGAGCGCCACCUUGAGGCAGGCCAUGGCGCACGACCCCGUGGCCCCAGUGCUGACAGAUUCACACCUGGCGGCCCUGGACCGGAGGCUCCUGGGGGUGCUGGCCACCAUCCGGCAGUGCAUGGAGGCCCAGGGUGCGGACAACACCCUGAUCGAGGACCGCAUGAACCUUCCUCACCCCUAGAGGGUGCUUGUUUUGGGGGGUGGGGGGUUUGGAUGUGAACACUAACUGUACUGACACUAGGGUUGAGGGGACCAGACCAGACCUGCUGAAGGGAACCAAAAGGCCUCGAUCUUCUACAUAUGAAUCCAGUCCCCCCCCCCCCCAACACACACCCUCAGCUGAUGGAUGGGGCCUCAGGGCAUGAGGUGGGGCAAGGCAGCAGGUAGACCCUGUCAGGCUCAGCUGACCACGUGGGACGCCUGCUCACCAGGAUCACUGCCAGAGUCUCAUAAGGAGGAUACUGCAUAACUACUAUGGAUCUGCAGCAUGACUGGAUGGAUGGAUGGAUGGAUGGAUGCACGGAUGGACAGAUGGGCAGACGAGCCGGCACUCAGGGUACAGCAAGUUGCAUCAUCGUUGGUUGUGGAACGAGUGUGAUGAGUGGGUGUGGGAGCCAUGUGUGUGAACGAACCUUGAACUGGUAAACAUUCUACAGUAAUAUUAUCGAGGAAUAUAGUGAUGAGGACAGUAAUAAACAUUAGGUAAUGUGCCAUUUUGGGGGUGGGAGAGGCAAUGAAUUGUGACUGCUGCUGAUUUCUGGGGGGGGGGCAGACUGAGGGAGGCACAGAACAUACAAUAAGGGCUGAAAAGGGUUUUCUUUUUUUCUUUUAGCCUCCCCCCAUCAUUAAAGAAAGAAAUAAACAUACUGUUUAACGUAUGCAUUCUGCCAUGUGUGAAGUCUUUGCUAUUAAAAAUAGCACCAAUACCAUUAUAAAAUCAAUCAGACUUUCUGCAUCAGGAAUAGGAAACUGGAGACUCAUUUUGAUUUGAUGGAAAUUUGACCCGCCCUGGGCUGCACCAUCCAUAUGUAGCUUCAAGGGGUUUUUAACGAUGAGCACAGACAUUAUGUAACACCUACCCAUAUGCUGUCAUGUUCUGACAACAACCUCUGCUUGAGGUGGCAUGGUAAUGUGUUUGAGGUUUAAACCCUUAGGUUCCGUGCAUGUGUACCCGACACUGAGGGCUGUUGGUUACAGUCUUGUGCAGGAGUUUUUAAAUGGAUAUCGUUUUCUGAUGUCUUCUGUUUUCAGAGAUUGCCGUGUAUCUCAAAAAUAUCUCAAUUUUAAUCACAGACUGGUGGUGGCAGUCUAGCGUAGCUGUUGGCUUAACAGAGCAGUUUCUCACAAGGAUAAAGAGGUUCUUAAUUUAAAUAACGGCAGAGGGAUUCUGUUCUCAACCGUUGUGGUGUUUCUGUGUAAAAAAUGUCCCCUUCUUAAAGAGAACACUUUAGGUUAAAUAUAGGUGUGAUUUAAGUUCCUUUUGACAGAUAGUAAGGAAUGAUAUGGCUGCACUAUGACCGCCUAAUCAUCAGAUAGCAGUUUAGUUAUGACUGCCAGCCUACUUCAUUAUAUAUCAUUCAGUACAGGAACAGUCUGUGGUGAUCUCGGGGGAAAGUUCCUUAGCUGUAAGUAAGCAUAUGCAUUACGGCUUACUCUUAUCGGCUGAGUUUCAUGUUUGUUUUGCGUCGUUUGCGUUUGUUUUUUUUUUUUUUUUUGCACAGAUAAACCUUUAAUCAGUGUUACUUUGGUAUAUUGUCAUUCCCUAACGAUGCCUGAACACUUGACAUCUUCUGAUUACUGCAUUGUGUAUUCAUCUGCUUGAUUAGUAAUGCAUACAGUGGCAAUAUUUGGCUGGCUGGUGUUCAGUUCACAUUUUCUUGCUUGCAUACACCUGCCAUUAAUGCCUUGUGAAUUCCUGACUGACUGAAAUCUGACAUCAAUUAAGCAGAACCGUGUGAUGUGUUUUACAUGCACAAAAAAUCCUCUGUCUGCAAUUUUCUUUUGCAAUGUUUAGAGAUUCGCAGAGGAUGUUGCUUAUUAAUUGCAGAUUAGCAAUUGGCUUCUUGUUUUGCGCACCGCUGUGAUUGUCUCUCUUCCAACUCAUGGGCGUGAGAAGAGCGACGUGGGAAGAUCACAGGUAGACCAGGAGCACUUGUCUUUGUGGCUUUGCGGGGGACGCGUCUCCUUGCCGCUUUGGGGCAUUAACGUGUGAUUUCUGACAUGCUGGCGCUUGAGGCCUGAGCCUCGGUGAAAGAGGGCAGGCAGAACAACAGGGAGUCAUACCUUUCAGUAUGACACAACCACAAGAAUGAUUUUACUGUAACUUUCUAAGAGCAAUUCAUAAAAUGAUAUUUUCACUGCGAUAAGAAAACAAAAGUCUGAUGCAUGUAGUGCACAAUAGAAUUUAAUAGGCUGCUGCCGUGAUUAAAAUUACUGGUAGGAAUAUAUAGGGCGAAUAUGGUUUAGAUGCACUUAAACUAGAUGCACUGCAGACUGUCUUGGGGUCUUGAGGGGAGGUGAUGGAAACAGCAGCACACUGCAGACAGCAAAGGACACACCUUUGCAUGUACAAUAUAUCGAUGAAAGUAUUGCUAUAUUAAUCUUCAACAUAGCUGGCUGUAGUACGGAGAUGCUUCUGAAGUGCUGUACCUAAGCUCUACAGGGUGGUAGAUAUCUAGGAGCAGAGUUGAGCAGCCCUGGCCUACUGAGAGUGAUCAGAGGAGGGGAAAAAACAAUGAGCUGCUGCCGGGCAGCCAAGACACAUCAAAGCAGGAUGUGAACAAACACUAUUCCAUCUUGUUCGAUGCAAACCAAACAGAAGGGCUGCUGUGGCACAAAUGGCAGAUAAUUUUGAAGAUGAAUGUGGGAGUAACGUGUCACAACACACAAUACAUGCAGCCCUGUUUCUUGGAAUUUUCUUGUGCUGAUCCUGUCACUAAAAGACUCAUGGUGUCGUCAGCUAAGUUAUAACUUUAAAGAAUAUAUGCAAUAACAUGAGAUGAAAUUUUUUAAAGCAUUUUAUGUGGAAAAAUUACUUAAUUUCCCAUAAAUCAGACUCUGUGUGUAUAUGUAUGUAAAAUAUAUAUGUGUGUGUAUGUAAGGUAUGUGUGUAUGUGUAUAGGUAUGCAGACAAAGUUUAAAAAUGUUACUAAAGUUUUUUUUUCCAUUCCUAAGAACAUCGGAAAAGUAGCAGAGCACUGUGUGUCUCUGACAGCUUCAGUUGUGACAUUUCCAGCACAUCUAGACUCAAAGCCUCUGUGGAGCGUGCUGUGGAAAUCAUGAGUAGUUGCCGUGUCCUUUAUCUGCCUCCGUGUUAAAGGAGCCUACAGGAUAUCUGGACAUCUGACUGUUAUCUGGGCCACUGGGGCUGCACCGCCGGGCAGGGGACUUUUCAUCCUCCACCGCUUGCAAUUGAAGGAGGAUGGUACCUGGCUGCAUUCAAACCAGCAGGGAGGUCUUCAAAUAGAACCUGGACUGCAAACGCUACCCACUUAGCAAGAGAGGAAAACGAUUUACAGCAGCUUUAGCAUCAAAUGCUUCAAAAGUGCUCCAGAUGUUAAAAAUAAAAACUGGGUCAUACAUUCUUCACACCAACUGGGGAAAUUCUGCUGCCUACAAGCAAAAAAAUAUAUAUUUUAAAAUUAUUUCGUCAUGUUCCUAAAUAUGGACUUUAGGAGUUAUUUUAGAGACCUGAGACUUCAUUUAUAAAAAAUGUUCGUACAUUUUUGCGGAAGAAGAAACGUUCCUACGAAAAUGUGAUGUUCAUAUGAACAAUAAAAGUCAAAUGCAUAAAAGUUAGGUGCGUAAACCGAAAUACACAUCGUACAGGUCCAAUCCCACUUAUCAUAGAAACAUUAUGUGUGCGGACUUAGGAAACUGCCCCAUUCCACUCAGGAAUUACCCUAAAUUGGUAAUUCAAAUCAGGGGUACAAACAAGAGGAGGGGGAAAAAAAGUUUUUUUUCAGAAUGUUAAAUGCGACCAGAGGGUUGAGGGUUUGAGCCCUGGUUCCUCGCACCCAUCAAAGUGUCCUUGAGCAAGACACUGAACCCCAAAUUGCUCCCGGUGUGCAGGUUGGCGCCUUGAAUGGCAGCCUUUGCCACCGGUGUAUGAAUGCAAGUGUGGAUGGGUGAAUGUGAGGCAUGUAUUGUAAAGCGCUUUGAGUACUCGUAGGAGUAGAAAAGCACUAUAUAAAUGUAGUCCAUUUACCAUUUACUUUGUGUGCAGAAAAAACUGGAGAAUGACUGCUGCUGUUGAUGUGGUGAGCUCAAUGAACCAGACAAUGACAGAAAUAAUAAAAAGGCCAAAUUUAGAAUC